UCUUGUUUGCAGAGCAUCUGAUCAGUCUGUCCACUCCUAUGUAAGGUGGAGGGAGUCGGGCUCCUGGAAACCGCAUGCAGCCUCUGAAAGGCUGAGAGCUUUUUAUUUGUACUAGUGUAUCUGUCUCUCCUCAGGAGCUCAUCACUCAGCAGACAGAAGCCCAAACUGGAGCACACUCACCCCAUCACUGAGAAGAGAGCAACCCAUAUUGGAGCACACUCAGCUCAUCACUGAGAAGAGAGCAACCCAUAUUGGAGCACACUCACCCCAUCACUGAGAAGAGAGCAACCCAUAUUGGAGCACACUCAGCUCAUCACUCAAGAGAGAGCUCCCUAAACAUGGAGAGCAGGUCCUACUACUUGCUGCUCCUUCUUCUCCUGGCUUCUGACUGCAUGGACUCUGUCAAAGGUCUCUUUCCCUUUGGGCAACCUGAAUUCUCCUACAAAAGGAGCAACUGCAAGCCCAUCCCUGCCACUCUACUCCUAUGUCACGACAUCGAGUACCCAAACAUGAGGCUGCCCAAUCUCCUGGGUCAUGAGACCGUGAAGGAGGUCUUGCAGCAGGCGUCCUCCUGGAUUCCCUUGGUCCAGAAGCAAUGUCACCGAGACACCAAGAAGUUCCUGUGCUCCCUCUUUGCUCCUGUCUGCAUUGAUGACUUGGACGAGACUAUUAAGCCCUGCCGCUCGCUGUGUGAACAGGUGAGGGACAGCUGUGCCCCAGUCAUGUCAGCAUUUGGCUUCCCAUGGCCAGAUAUGUUGGAGUGCAGCCGCUUCCCCCAGGACAAUGACCUGUGCAUCCCACCAGCCAGCAAUGACCAGGUGAUUCCAGCCACCAUAGAAGCACCAAAAGUUUGUGAUCCCUGCAUAAACACCAAUGAAGAUGAUAACGAUAUUGUAGAAAAUCUCUGCAAAAAUGAUUUUGCCCUGAAGAUAAAAGUGAAGGAGAUUGCCUACAUCAAUGGGGACACCAAGAUCAUCCCAGAAACAAAGAGCAAAACCAUUUACAAGCUGAACGGAGUGACAGAAAGAGAUCUGAAGAAAACAGUGCUAUGGCUUAAAGAUGGCCUGCAGUGUACCUGUGACGAAAUGAAUGACAUCAACGCUCCCUAUUUAGUGAUGGGACAAAAGCUUGGCGGGGAACUGGUCAUCACCUCAGUCAAGCGAUGGCAGAAAGGCCAACGGGAGUUUAAGAGGAUCUCGCGCAGCAUUCGCAAGCUGCAGUGUUAAUUGGUUCGGUUCUUAACUCUUCCAGCACUGGGGCUAUUAAUUUUUUUAUGCACCUUCCUCCCUUUUGGGAACCCAUCCUUGAAAGAAAUGUAAUAAAAGGUGUGGGUUAAUGGCUUUUUUUUAUUAUUAUAAUUAUUAAUAUUGAACGAAAACAUUUCUGUAAAUAUAAUGAAAAUGAAAAAUGCAAAAUAAAAUAAAAAAUAUUUGUAUGAAGCCAAUUAAUUAAAAAUAAUUAUAGAUACAUAUUUACUCUGUGAAAAUUUGGUGACUUUUUCUACAUUUUUCUAGAACAGUACUGGUUAGAUAGCUUGCGUUUGCAAUGACAACGUUUGCAAAUAAUUUUUAUGAAUCAUCCAUCAGGCAAGAUGGAAAAUAUGUUUUUAAUGGAUUUAUAUAGAUAUAUAAUAAUUCUAUACAUAUCUGUGUAUAUAUAUAUACAUACAGCUGCUUUACAAAAUUACUUUUAUGUGCCAGAAUAAAUAUAAUCAGCAAAUUAUUGGUUGAUAAUACGGAGAAAUUAAAAAUAAAGCUGUAUAUGUAACGUGACAAGAUAUUGGCCCAAUUUUCAAUCAAGGCAAACCGUUUUGAGUAUUCUAUUGCUGAUUUGAAGAUUUUAUUUUUGACCCAAACAUGUCUGUCAACUAAGCAAGUUUGGAAUGUCUAGCUCUAUGUUUAGUUAACAAACCUGCCUGACAUUGAAGGAAAAUUAGUAAGAAGACAUUCCUUAAAUUUCAUAUCUGCUACUAUACUAGACUAAAUAAUAAUUUAAAAAAAGUAAAUAAACACAUAAAAUAAAGAAGCUAAACCCAUCAGUAUGUUAGUGUGGAUGAAAAUAUGUAAAGAGGAGACUAAUAUGCAGAAUCACGUGCCUAAGAGUUUUUUAACAACAAAAUUAGCAAUAUAUUUAGCAUACAAUUUUUUUUACAAAUAUUCAAACUCAUUUGAAGUAAAAUUUAAAAAAAAUUGUUUUGUUUGGAAUUUAACUUUAUGCUAAGUUGCUUUUUCACUAUCACAUGCAUCACAGAGUGCUGUAAAUCAUGGGUGGUCAAAAUCAGAGGUCUCCAGCUGUUGCAUGACCACAAAUCAUAGCUGCCUUACAAGCUGUAAGGAUAGCAAAGCAUCAUGGGAGUUGUUGUCCUACAACAGCUAAGGAUUUACUUCCAGCCCACUCCUGCUGUAAAGUUUUAUUUAUGUGAAAUAAAAAAUACACGGUACACAAUUAACUUUAUGGCAUUUCUUUUUAAUACUCUCAAGGUUUGUUUGCCGAUUUCACCAAUGUAUUUUGCAUUGAAAACUACAUAACCUGUGUUUAGUUUGUUUGUAAUAUAUACAAUCAGGUACCUGAAAGAGUUGUAAAAUAUUGCUGUGAACAUUAUUGUAAAUAAAUAAAAUUAACACUAUA